AUGUGCAUCUCACGACGCGACGGCGUAUCUGGCUCGACCAAUGUGCAGGGCCGCGAGGUCUUGCCCACCAACGUCAAGCCAGUCCAUUACGAUUUGACUCUGGAACCCAACUUUGAAAAGUUUACUUACGACGGAACUGUCACGAUUGACCUCCAUGUGAACGAAGACACCGACUUCAUCUCUCUCAACACCAACGAGCUCAAGAUCCAUGAUGCAGUCGUCUCCUCUAAUGGCACGGUGGUCGAAUCGAAGCCUCAAAUCUCCACAAACAAAGAUGCCCAGACCUCAACGAUCAAGUUCCCUCAAGCGUUAUCUGCGGGGUCGAGUGCCCAGCUGAAGCUCAACUUCUCAGGCAUCUUGAACGACAACAUGGCCGGUUUCUACCGUUCUUCAUACCAAGAAAAUGGGGAGACCAAAUACAUUGCUUCAACUCAGAUGGAGCCCACCGACGCUCGCCGUGCUUUCCCUUGCUUUGACGAGCCUGCUCUUAAGGCCAAGUUCACGGUUACUUUGGUCGCUGAUAAGGGCAUGACUUGUCUGAGUAACAUGGACGUUGCUUCUGAAACCGACGUCCAGGGCGGUGCGAAGAAGGCUGUCAAGUUCAACACCUCGCCUCUGAUGUCCACUUAUCUAGUUGCUUUUAUUGUGGGCCAUCUGAAAUACGUGGAAACAAACAACUUCCGCGUCCCAGUCCGUGUCUACGCCACACCUGACCAGGACAUUGAGCACGGACGCUUCUCUCUCGAGCUCGCUGCAAAGACUCUCGCGUUCUAUGAGAAGGCUUUCGAUAGCGAGUUCCCUUUGCCGAAGAUGGAUAUGGUGGCAGUGCCCGACUUCAGCGCGGGGGCUAUGGAGAACUGGGGUCUGAUCACAUACCGUAUCGUCGAUGUCCUGUUGGAUGAGAAGACAGCCGGCGCUUCUCGCAAGGAGCGAAUUGCCGAGACUGUCCAGCACGAAUUGGCGCACCAAUGGUUCGGUAACUUGGUGACUAUGGACUUCUGGGAUGGUCUGUGGCUCAACGAGGGUUUCGCUACAUGGAUGUCGUGGUACUCUUGCAACGUCUUCUACCCAGAGUGGAAGGUGUGGCAGACCUAUGUCAUUGAUAACUUGCAGAGCGCUCUGUCUCUUGACUCACUUCGUAGCAGUCACCCUAUCGAGGUUCCCGUCAAGCGUGCCGAUGAGAUCAACCAGAUCUUCGAUGCCAUUUCUUACUCGAAGGGAUCAUCUGUCCUGCGUAUGAUCUCCAAAUAUCUUGGUGAGGAUGUCUUCCUGCAGGGCGUUCGCAAUUACAUUAAGAAGCACGCCUACGGAAACACCGAGACUGGUGAUCUAUGGUCCGCCCUGGGUGAUGCCAGCGGCAAGCCAGUCCAGUCUGUCAUGGACGUCUGGACCAAGAAUGUCGGGUUUCCUGUCCCUAAAGCAGAACCGAUUCCUCCGCACUGGCGACGUCAAGCCCGAGGAGGAUCAAGUCUCUACCCCGUCAUGCUCGGUCUUCGCAGCAAGGAGGGUAUAGAUGAAAACACCAUGCUCACUGAGCGUGAGAAGGAGUUCAAGGUUCCCGACCUUGAUUUCUACAAGCUCAAUGCCGACCACUCCGCCAUCUAUCGCACCUCCUACUCCCCAGAGCGUCUUGCCAAGCUCGCCAAGGCUGCUCGCGAUGGCCUGCUCACUGUUGAAGAUCGUGCCGGUAUGAUUGCGGACUCUGGUGCCCUGGCUGCUUCCGGAUACCAGAAGACUUCCGGUCUGCUUUCUCUGCUCCAGGGACUGGACACUGAGUCCGAAUUCGUCGUUUGGAAUGAAAUUUUGACUCGUAUUGGAGGCCUCCGUGCUGCUUGGCUAUUCGAGGACCAGAAGACUAAGGAUGCUCUGAAGAGCUUCCAGCGUGCCCUGGUUAGCGCCAAGGCCCACGAGGUCGGCUGGGAGUUCUCCGAGAGUGACGGCCACAUUCUUCAGCAGCUCAAGGCCCUCAUGUUUGGCGCCGCCGGUCUAGCCGAGGACCCCGUUGUGGUUAAGGCUGCUCAAGACAUGUUUGCUCGUUUCGCUGCAGGCGAUAUCUCCGCCAUCCACCCCAACAUCCGCGGCAGUGUCUUCACUAUCGUCCUGAAGAACGGUGGUUCUAAGGAGUACGAGGUUAUCCUUGAUCGCUUCCGCAAUGCCCCUACUUCCGACGAGAAGACCACUGCUCUCCGCUGUCUCGGUGCUGCCGAAGACCCUGAGCUCAUCAAGCGUACCCUUGAUCUGGCUACCAGCGGCGAGGUCAAGAACCAGGACAUCUACAUGCCCCUGGGUGGCCUCCGCAACCACACUGCCGGUAUCCAGGCCCGCUGGACUUGGCUCAAGGAGAACUGGGAUGAGAUCUACAAGCGUCUUCCCCCGUCUCUUGGUAUGCUGGGCACUGUCGUUCAGCUCACUACUGCCAGUUUCUCUACCCAAGCUCAGCUCGAUGAGGUCGAUGCUUUCUUCAAAUCUAAGGAUACUAAGGGAUACGACCGCGCUGUUUCCCAGAGUCUUGAUGCCAUUCGCGCCAAGGUUAACUGGAUCAACCGUGACCGCGAGGACGUCGAGACCUGGCUCAACAAGAACCAGUACUUGCAGAGCAAGCUAUGA